CCUGGCUGUAAAUAAUGGGGAAACGCGCUCAUCUGCUGAUGUGCAGGGAUAAAUGAUCACCUCAACCAGAAGAGUGUCUCCUGACAAAUCUGAAGUUAGAAUCGCCUUCAGCCUCGACGACACAUCAGAUGUAAAAGAUGCGGAGGACCUCCCUCAGACUUUCCCAGAUCUUGAACAGCGAUUACAGCCAGUGCCCCCUUGUGUGUCUCUGAGAGAGAGUGUUCAGGUGUACAAGGAACACUGCAGGAUGGCGAGAGAGUUCAACCAGGUCAAACAUGAGAUUGCCGUGCUUGAGGAUCGCAAGCGUAAGUUGCUGGCAGAGUUGGUAGAGGAUGAGACGGUUGCCAUUGAGAUCGUCCGUCUUGAGGAGGAGUUUCUGCGCCUAACAGAGGAGAACCGCACCUUGGUGACUGUCCACAAUGAGCGCGCUCAGCAGCUGGAGAGCCUCUGCUUGACCAAUCGAACGAGGCAGGACUCCUCGUCGUGACCCCUGACAUCCGCCGAACCUGAGACCCCAAACAUCCAGCUGACGCCAGGAUACAACACAGAAAUAAAGGCUCAGCUAGUGCUCAUUCUACACAACAACAGUCAGUGAAUCAGCUAAUUACACAGAAAGGCUCCGUGUUUACUCAUGUCUGAGUCAUUUGUUUGAGCCACAGACGUUCUGUCAUCAUCAGUGUGAAGUUGCUAUAGUGAUUCUACCAAGCUACGACACAAGGCCACCUUUCUCUGUACUGUUUUAUUAUGUUAUCUUGCAGAACCUUCCUGGUCGCUACUGCAAUACCUCACAGUAUAUUUAUACAAGGUCAGCUGCUGUGAAUGUGUCCAGAUAUUCUGAUAUCUGUCUCAGGUCCUGUGGAGACUCAGAUAUUUUGCCUGAGGUCUGUGGAGGGAGCCAAAUGUGGUAUGAUGUGGUCCAAAUGUUAUAUUUCUCUCACUCUCCCACCCCAUCACUUGCCCGUCAAGUUCCUGUUAUGAUAAAAAGGAAAUGAGAGGAGUGUUUAACACAAUGUCAGGGAUCAGGGGAAUUAGAGCUAUUCGUGAGGAACAGCAAAAGAAGAAGGGUGACUAUCCAUAUCACAUAAAAAAAAGUAUCUUCUGCGGCACAACACUGAAGACUUGUACAUUUUUUGAUGUAGCGUGUCUCACCUAUCUGUUGAAGGGGAAGUAUACAACAAGAUGAAUUGUUGCUUAUCGUCCUUGUCGUUAAUAAAGUGCAAUUCAU